UCAAUGCAUCCUACAAGUUUGGCAAAUCAGAUUGCUUAUAAUUAAUUCAAAAGUUUUUCAAUCUCAUUCACAUCAACAGAGUAGUAAAGAAAAGAGAUUUUUGUUAAAUUAAAUCAAAAUGGAUGAAGAUAAUAAAAUUGAAUGUGAGAAGCCUCCUCUCAACAAGUAUGCCCUGGCUUGCGCCCUUUUAGCUUCCACCAACUCCAUCCUCUUGGGCUAUGAUAUUGGAGUGAUGAGUGGAGCUGUGUUAUUCAUAAAAGAUAAUAUGAAUAUUUCAUCUUCUGAAGUGGAAAUAUUGGUUGGAUCAUUGAAUGUUUGUUCUCUAAUUGGAGCUCUUGCUUCUGGAAAGACUUCAGAUUUGAUUGGUAGAAGAUACACAAUUAUCUUAUCAGCAGCAACAUUCUUAAUAGGUUCACUUUUGAUGGGCUUUGCUCCUUCCUACCCAUUCCUUAUGGCUGGAAGGGUUGUUGCUGGAAUCGGUGUUGGUUAUUCUCUCAUGAUUGCUCCUGUCUAUACUGCCGAGGUAUCGCCUGCUAUGACUCGUGGUUUGCUUACAUCACUCCCUGAAAUCUUCAUCACUGUUGGUAUUUUACUUGGCUAUAUUUUCAAUUAUGCAUUAGCUGGUUUACCACAUCACAUCAACUGGAGGUUAAUGCUUGGUCUAGCUGCUCUUCCAGCUAUAGCCAUUGCCUAUGGAGUUUUUCAAAUGCCUGAAUCACCGCGUUGGCUUAUUAUGAAAGGUAAUAUAGAAGAAGCCAAAAGAGUGCUUCGUAAAACUUCAGAUAAUGAUGAUGAAGCUGAUAUGAGAUUGGAAGAAAUAAUUAAUGCUGCUGGAACAACUACUAAUUGGAAAGGUCAGGGGGUUUGGAAACAACUCUUAAGACCAACUAAGCCACUUCGCCGUAUUCUUCUAGCUGCUAUUGGUAUUAAUUUCUUCAUGCAAGCCUCUGGUAAUGAUGCAGUCGUAUACUACACGCCAUCAGUGUUCAAUGCUGCAGGAAUUCACAACCGUAAAGGACUAAUAGCUGUGACAAUCAUAAUGGGAAUGGCAAAGACGUUUUUUUGCAUAGUAUCAGCACUUUUCUUGGAUAAUUUCGGAAGGAGGCCUAUGUUGUUGUUGGGUACAAUAGGAAUGGCUGUUUCUCUAGCUGGUCUUGGGUUAGGCUCAAUGUAUCUAAACAAUGUUGAUUAUAAGCCAUCAUGGGCUAUCGCGUUGUGUGUUGUUGCAGUAUGUGCUGAUGUUUCAUUCUUCUCAAUAGGACUUGGUCCAAUAACAUGGGUAUAUUCUUCAGAAAUAUUUCCGAUUAGGUUAAGGGCACAAGGUACGAGCUUGGCGGUUUCAGUGAAUCGACUGGUGAGUGGUGCGGUUGCAAUGACAUUUCUAACUAUAUCCAACAAGAUAACAUUUGCAGGAACCUUCUUUCUACUCUGUGGAGUUAUGAUAGUAGCAACUAUUUUUUUCUACUUUUUCUUGCCUGAAACUAAGGGCAAGAGCCUAGAAGAAAUUAUGGCAAUCUUUGAAGACAAAAAGGAGGAAACGAUUGAAAGAUAGAUUUAAACAUGUUUGAUUUUGAGAUGUUUGCUUUAGAUGCAUCUACAUUUUCUCACUAUAUUGAAAGCACUCUUUCUAUCUCAUACAAGUCAAAAGUAUGGUCUGUUACCAUUUCUGUGUCGGUAAUUUAGUAUGUUGUUGUAAUCCAUCAUGGACAAAAAAAAAUGCAUUAUUGUUUUCAUAAUAGUGUUGUAAUUUUCUUUAAUGCUAACGUCGUAAAACACCACCAUAUUCUACUCUUCAUAUUGAUCCAAAUAAAUCGGAUUCGGAGGGGGGCGGGGGCGCCUAAGGUUCCAUCAUAGGAAUCAAUCCUCAUGAUUCUUUAUGUUAA